GCUUCCUUCCAUCCAUCAAUCCAUUCAUGACCACAUCUAAUCACAGCUCAUAACACAACUGGAUCACUAUCAACAAUGGCGACGAGCACCGCCGCUGCUAAGCCGCACCCCCUCGCCGCCGCCGCCACCGCCAUCGCCAUCGCCAUCAUCCCCUUCACCCUCUCUGCCUUCUUCUUCGUCGCCGUCCUCGCCGACGACGCCGAGCAGAUCCUUCUCACCAUGUACAUGCACCACAUGAUGGGGCCCCCAGGCCAGAGGUCCGUGCUCAUCCUCAAGGGCUCCGGCCCCAUGAACCCCUCACUCCCACCGGAGCAAUUCUUCGGCGAGACCUACGCCUUCGACGACAAGCUCACUGACAACAAGAGCGCCUCGUCCCGGCUCGCCGGCCACGCCCAGGGCACGGCCAUGCUGUCCUCCAUGCGCCGCCCGGUCUACCUCGUCGACAUGGUCAUGCUGCUCGUCGGCGGCGAGUACGACGGCAGCACGGUGGUCGUGGAGGGGCUCCAUGAUGCCAGCAAGGAGGAGAGGGAGCUUGCUGUUGUUGGUGGCACUGGUGAGUUCAGGCUGGCGUCUGGGUAUGUGAGGUGUACCACGGCUAGGGAGGAGAAGAAGUUUAAUGUGUACGAGCUGUUUGUUAAUAUUACUAUCCCUGGGGAUGACAGCGAGCCGGAGCCACCGCCUGGGAUGCCGCCGGCGCCGGAGAAGAUGAUCCCUAUUUACAAUUUGACCCUCGCUAAUUAAUUAGUCGGUCUGUUUGUUGCUUGCAUAUAUUGCAUUGGAUUGGAAUGCAUCAU